CUCAUCCCCUCCCAAUAGCCAGACAUGCAUCUGUUCUUUAAACAUAUCAUUAGCCUUUCAAAAGCCGCCAAUAUCUACGUCCCGGAAGCAUGGAAACCUCAAGAAUCGCUUACACCAUGGCGGUUUGCAAUGUCCAUAAUACGGUGUUGGUGCGCGGGUUGGAUAGGGCUUUCGAGCUUCGGCACCAAAGGUUCACCAAGUACGAUAGACAUAGUAUUGCUUGUGAAAAACCAUAACGAGUUGAGACAUCCGCCUUACUCACCAAUCAUCCUGCCAUCCCUGACUCUCGGUGUUGCUAUGGAAUUCAUUGCCUUUGGGUGGAACGUUGCUUGCGUAGCACUGACGUUUGCUGUUCCAUGGCAUCUACUUCUAGCUGUCCCUGACUUGUUCGCUCUGGUCGGGCUUAGCGUCAGUCAGGCUCAGCAAUAUACCUUUACUCCCCGAUCAAAUUCGACAUGCGUCGGAAUAGCAAAAUGGCAAGUCCCGCCAGAUGGAGGCCCGAAUUUUUAUGUUAUGGCCGCAAAUUUGACAAAUGAUACUCCAAACCAUGUGUGCAGCACUUUGUACUCAGCCAUGGUAUGGCAAGCGGUUGUAGUCUUCCACGAAGGUUUAAUUGUUUUUCUAGCCCUAACUCUGGCGCUACCGAAACGACACUGCCUCCAUCUCUCUCAACUGCGGCGAACUAUAUUUCGACUCGCUACUCUCGUCCCGAGGGAGUGUAUCUAUAUGAUCAGCUACUUGAACGAGAAACGGAGAAGAAUAUCAGCUAGGAAAAGGUCGAAUGAGCACAUCGAAUUGACUUGUCUCAGAGAUCGACGGCAAGAAUACACAUGUCGGCUCUCAACCAAAAUGGAGCAGGUGUUGGCCCUAGAGGAAGCCCUACUUGUCAUAGCGUCCGAACUACACUACCAAGAUCUCAUACGUCUCAGCUGGACCUCCAAAUCAAUCCGAGAACUUGUGUUUCCAGCCGGCGAUCUCAAGAUGAGAAAGAAAAAAUUACGCCGGGUGACUUGCGUGCAUAAUACACUCACCUGCUGGAACUGUAAUAUCAAGGUUUGUUUGGGCAGAACAGAUCCUUAUUUGAACCCUCAGCAGGGCUGUGCACAUGCCUUACCUGAACCAUCUGCUCUCAGCGGAUACGGUCAUCUAUCUCGUCUGGAACUUCAUGAAACACACUGCCAACCUUAUUGUUCGGCAUGUUACUAUGCCAAAGUCUGCCGCAGUCUAUUUCCUUCGAGGCGUCGACCAUGCGCAUGCUUUGUCACCCUGCCUACAGGGCUCAUCUGUGGAAAUUGCGCGAAGCUUGAGGAUCCUACGGCGAUCAGACUUGAGGCCAAGACGAGAGCUGUUUGGCAGAGAUCGUUAAGCAUCACCGAAUGCACUGACUGCCAAACUGAACUAGCAAGUGGCUCGGCUUGGUGGAUAGCUGCAUGUGGGUUGCAGUGCAGAGACAACAUACACAUGACUUCCCCGGCAAAAGAUAUUGUCACUGAGUCUGUUUAGUCAAACAAACGUGGUUUAGACAAAAAUGGAGAAUCUUCUAUUCGACAAAAAAGAAGGAAAUGAGAUGAAGAUUGACUCUAUCACGCAGCAUAUUUGGCUGAUACAAGACAAAAUGAAAAGCCAGCAGUGCGCCGUCAAGGCUAAAUGCGGAAACAUCAGGACAUAACCACCAAUAUACUCCACGCCAUGCCCGAGUACGCCGACCAAAACCCCCGCCAACUGUGUUUGAAAGCGUAUCCAAUUGGCAUUUCUCAACCCUGAUUCCAUUCAAGUCAUCCAGACUUCCGAUUCAUUCAUAAUUACUACCUUGACUUCGUUGCUGGCUGCUUCGUCCGUACAAGGAACGGACUAGGCAUUUCGUCCCGCUCUGGAUCCCACACAGGUGCAUCGUUCUCGGCGAUGCUCACAGGCGGCUUGGUGGCUCCGUCGGAUUUACUGACUGGCUUGAGCGACUCUCUUUCCGUAACCGAAGAAACGGGUGCUACUCUGGCCUGUGCGAGCUCGACCAGGGUGCGACCUUGAAGCUGAUUCUUCAUUGCGGUUUUCAGCAUGCCGUCUUUUCUUGGGCUAGCGCCUUCGCCUGUCGAAAUCGGUACUUUGGAUCCGGUAGGUCGCGGCCGUGUCGGGUUUGCGUUGCCCUUGCGCGCAGGACUCGUUGCCACGACAGGCACUGCGCUGGCAGGUUUGCGGGCUGUCGUGUUUUGAUUUGGAGCAAAGAGAUUUGGAGUGCUGGCCAACCGCUUACUAUUUGCGGGGAGUGUUUUCACUCGUCCAAGGCUUGGCCGUUUGGUCUUCGCAGCCGCCUUGAACGGGUCUCGAGUUGGACUGGGCAGUGCCGGCAGCCCGUCGUCUUCUUCGUCUUCUCCGUCGGCAUCAGAACCCUCAGCCUCGCUUAGCGUUGGGCUUGGGAGCGAAGAUGCGUUCGUCGGAGCCCAGCGAUCCUCUGCUGCAGCAAAGAUGUUGCCCCUCUGCUUCGUGCUCUGCCCACCCUUACCGUUCUUGCGCGGAGAUAAAGACAGACUUGCAAUGGACAUUGGUGAUGGGUCCGCCAUCUGGACGUCCAUCGGUGACGGGGCUGUGGCGCGAGUAAACAUAGUUUGUGCACGUCCAAAUGGAGUGCGUGUAGUUCGCUUCGCAGGCCGUUGCUUUACAUCCGUAGGCGAAUCAAGCGAAAGAGACGAUAGAUCGGUCUGUGAUGGGAAAUCUGAACUCUCGUGGUCUGUCAAGGGUAAGGGAACGUCUUUUGGCUCAUAGCCGUCCGGGUUUGGUGUCGAAGAGCGUGGUGGGAGGUUGCGGGAUGCAAUCUGUUCCUGCACUCGCUUAUUGACCUCUGCCUCAAAAAGUGAUCUCAGCUGAGUGGUUUGCGCCUGAACUUGGCGAUCAAUCUCAAGUCGAGCCUUAACUUCCCAUUCACGCCGUACUUGAGCAUCAAUCUCAGAGCGCAUGGUGGCUUUCUCUUCUUCAAAGCUUUUGGCCCUGUCCUCAAGCUCUUUCAUCUUUCGUUCCAUGUUGAUCUUCUCUUUGUUCAGCUUUUGUGCGAAAAGAACAACUUCUUGUUCUUUGCGCAUGAGCUUGACCACUGGAAGAUUAAGCAGAUCUGCUGUCGAUGGUCUGGCAUUGGAGUUCACCUGAAGGCAGCUGGAGAUGACCUUUUGGAGUUCCGAAGAAUAAACAGGAGGGAUGGGAGCCACUCGGCCAGCUUUGAUUUUAUGGAAGAGUUCAAUGUGUGUUCGCGCGUUGAAUGGAGGCUCUUUCGCGCAAAGCUCGUAGAGAAGACAUCCCAAGGACCAGAUAUCAGAGUACAGACUAUAUCGCUCUGCAGCACAGAUCUCUGGUGACAUGUAAUACGGCGUUCCAACGUACGUAGAGGCGAAAUCGUGGGACUGCAAGAUUUUUGACAAUCCAAAGUCGCCCAGUUUAACC